UUUCAAGUUGUACAAUAUAAAAUAAGGAAUUCGUGUUACAUAUCAUUGUAUCAAUAAAAUUUAAUAAGUGUCGUCGCAGAGUUAGAUGUUUUCUCGUAUAAUAUAUAAAUGUAUGCAGAGAAAUUUUUUAAAACAUUUUUUUUAAAUAGUGUCAAGACAAUGGUACAAACAUUCUAAAAAUACAGUUUGUGAUAUAGCUCUUAUUUAUCUAAACUGGAGUGAAUAAAAUGAAUGAAAAAUAUGAAAAUGAAGUACUUUAUUCGCCGAGCAAAUGGUGUAAACGUAUUGAACAUAAUUCAGUUGUUAAACAUCACAUAAACACAGUUCGGAAAAUUUGUCAGAAAAUUAAAACUUCUCAAUUGAAUAAAAGCACUAAUAUAAGAUAUGGACUGGGCGAUCAACAACUUUUAGAUAUAUACGAAAACAAGUCAAUGAAGUCAAAUUCAUCUACUCCAAGUUUUGUUUAUAUUCAUGGCGGAUACUGGCAAGAACUUGAAAAAGACAUUUCUGCUUAUUGUGUGGAGCCAUUAAUAAAUUCUGAGAUUAGAGUUAUUGUUCCUGGAUAUGAUCUUGCGCCAAAAAGCGAAAUUAUUGAUGAAAUACGCCAACUUUUAUCAUUCUUAGUCAACAACUUAAUGUUUGAAAAUAUUUGGUUGGGUGGUCAUAGUGCUGGUGCUCAUUUAGCUGCAUGUAUGAUACUUACAGCACAACAGGAUUUUCCAGAAAUCAAGGGAUUUGUCUUAAUAAGUGGUAUAUAUGACCUUAAACCGUUGUUGGACACUUCAAUUAACAGUGGUCUACAAUUGAAUGAGACAUCGUGUGUCGAAUGUAGUCCAUUACACAUUUUAAAAGGUUUAAAUAAAUCUAGAAGAACAAGUGAAAUUCUUAUUGUAACCGCCGAAGACGACUCGCCAGCAUUUAAACAGCAAACAUCUCAGUUUCGUAAAUUUCUUGUUAGCCGUGGAUUAAUAGUUAAAGAAGAAUGUGUAGCUGGAGUUGAUCAUUUUAAUAUUGUGGAAAAUCUUUCUGAUAAAGAUUUUUUUUUAACAAAACUGAUCAUCAAAUUCAUUUUGAAUUCAUUAUGCAGUAAAGAUUAAUAUUUGUUAAGACGAA